AUGAUGUUGCAGCUGGGUGGAAAGCGAGUUGGUAUUGUGGGGCUAGGUAGCAUUGGAUCUGCAGUUGCAAAAAGGCUCGAGGCCUUUGGCUGCACCAUCCUGUACCAUUCGAGAAGUAGAAAGCCAUCCAUCUCAUACAAGUUCUUUUCAGAUGUUACUAAUCUUGCAGCUGAAAGUGAUGUUCUGGUCAUAACCUGUGCAUUGACCACCGAAACACACCACAUCAUCAAUAAGGAAGUCAUGCUAGCAUUAGGGAAGGAUGGCAUUAUCAUCAAUGUGGGGCGUGGGGCUCUGGUUGAUGAGGAGGAAUUAGUCAAGUGUUUAAUGGAAGAGGAGAUUGGAGGUGCUGGACUUGAUGUGUUUGAGAAUGAACCAGGUGUGCCCCAAGAGCUCUUCCACAUGGACAAUGUAGUCCUAUCUCAUCAUAAAGCUGUGUUCACACCAGAGUCGUUUCAGGGAGUGCUUGAAGUUGUUAUGGGCAAUUUGGAAGCUUUUUUUUCAAACAGGCCAUUGCUUAGUCCGAUUUCAGAAUAGAAAGAAUUCAAGUAAUUUUUUGGACACGAGGUUUGAUAGGACCCUGCAUUAUCAUUCAGAGCUAGUGGAAGCCAAGCUGUUCUGCUUGUCUUGUGAGGUUAGUAUUUUACAGUGGGACAAUAAAGCUUCAUUUCCCAAUUGUGUGAGUGUAUGCUUAUGCUUGAAUCUCUGUUGCUGCAAUACUGACCUUGGUGACCUCUUGAAAGAAAUUUGAGUAUGUGGAUGA